GUUCUCAACGACGAUCGUCACACCGCGCAAGGGUUUCAACCCUGGGGCGAAAGGAUAACAGUAGCGCCGCGAUGGUGGACUAUUACAGAGUCCUCGAGGUACCACGCGGCGCUGCCACUGCCGAGAUCAAGAAAGCCUAUCGUAAACUAGCGUUAAAAUGGCAUCCAGACAAAAACCAGGAGAAUCAGGAGGAAGCAACCAAGCGAUUCAAAGAAAUAUCUGAAGCGUAUGAAGUCCUCUCAGACGAGAAAAAGCGUCGUGUAUAUGAUCAAUACGGCAAAGAAGGCUUGAUCAAUGGCGGUUCAACCCGACGCAGUCGACACACCGAGGACGACCUGGACUACGGCUUUGGUUUCUUUUCGUUCAGAGAUCCCGAGGAUGUUUUUAGGGAGUUCUUUGGGGGUUCGCCAUUUGCUGACUUUUUUGGUAUUUCAAUCUCUGCAAAUCUAACUUCCGCUGGGAGUCACAGUCAUCGCGACAGAAGACGUAACAGGAACUCACACCCUUCAACUGCUAUAAUCACAUCUUUUAGCCCAUUUGGCAUUGGAUUGGGUGCUAACAUUAUGGACGACUUCUUUAAUGUACCCAGCACUGGUGGUUUCACUUCAUUCAGCAGUUUCAAUGGCAGCUUCACAAAUGGUGCUAACGGUGCCGCCAAUGUGAACAUGAAGCGCAUGUCUACAUCAACAAAAUUCAUCAAUGGGAAGAAGAUUACCACCAAAAAAGUAUUCGAAAAUGGUAAAGAAACCAUAAUGUCGUAUGAAAACGACGAACUCAAGUCAAAGACUGUCAACGGCGUCGCCCAGAGCAUAGCGUACAGUUAAAUAUCUAACUAAUUUACAGGAAAGAUGCUGCGUAUUUUAUUAAAUUUUAUUGAUGGGCAACCAGUCAAUUAUGAUUGGUGAGUUUCAUAAGCGUGGUUCAUAAAAUCAAAUUAACUCUUUCGCUCACAUUUGCUGGAAAAAUACAUUAUAAACAUUUUUUCUUAUAAUUUUGUUUAUUGCGUACGAGUUAACGAAUUUGCUAUUCCUUACCGAGAUAUGCACAUUGUGUGUAUGGAUACGAGGAUACGAGUGUGAGAAAUUAUUAAACCAAUACGCUUUCAAUUAUUUAUUUGAAUACCGGUAUUGUUUGCUUUAAUUCUUAAAGUACGACUAUUGUUUAAUGUUUAAAAACUCGUUUAUUGAAGACUGGUUCGUUCGUCCACCUCACCCUAGUUACUGUCUAGCAAAUCUUUGCUCAAAGCUAUUUGUCACUUCUAGCAGGUGAAUCUUAAGAUUAGAUAGGUAUGUUUUUUCUCGAAUACGCGUGUGCCGUGAUUUGCGGAUCGUAGCAAAUAAACGAGCAUUGACAAAGUGAGUUUUACAUGAUAUCCAAAUAUUGAAUUUAUAAGAUUUAAAGCGGAUAUGACAUUGUGCGAAUCGCGUAUUGAUGUUAUCCAGCAACGCUCUUUUAUUUGCCAUACAGAUGUUUAUCUUAAGCUUGCUGCAAGAUUAACUUUAAUCAUGAUAACACUUCACUAGCACUUCACUAAAUUGACUAGGCGAGAAAAAAAUGGAAGGAGCGCUCUGCACACUGUUAAAGUGACCAGGAUGUAAGAGUGUGAAGUGGAUAUGUUGCGAGAUAGAUUUCACCACAUAAAAUAAGUUUAAGUUAGUUUGUAACCGAAUGAAUGCACUUAAAUGUUAAAUGUAAAUUAAUGGUAACAAAGAUGAGUUAUUAGACGGAAGUACGUGAAUCAUGCGUUUGUAGCAUGACAAUUGACGAUUUAGGGUAAAACUGUACAGUGAAAUAUUAUUGUAAUGAAAAAUAUAAACCGUGAAAAAUG